AUGGUAUUUUGUCUCGUUCUAGGUGAAGUUCCUGCUAAAAGGAAACUUUUUGUGGUUGAUAUUACCGAAAAUAUUUUGACCGUUUCACAUCUUCAGUCCGCCAUCAAGAAGGCGAAGGAGAACACCUUUGGUUAUAUUGAUGAAAUGAUCUUAUAUUAUGAAAAUCUGAAAGGUAUAGAACUGUUUCCAGCAGAUGGAAUUCCAGGUGAUUUCUCUGAGCAACCACUCUCCGUUAAGAUUAUUCAUAUCAUCGUGCAACCACCUAUCACCACAGAUAAUAUUGACACAACUACGUUCAUGUUAGGACCAUUAUCCGAAUACAUGAGUGUUAAAGGCAACGAAAUUAUUCUGAGUAACCGUGUAAUGUUAAAUGCACAAGAUGAGCUAAUACUUAAUAAUGGUGAAUCCGUGGUAGAGGAAUCAGAAAAGAUCACAAUGAAUUUUGUAAAAUUUCUACGUCUCCGUAAAUCUCCAGAUGGAAUAGUCUAUAGAAUAUCAACACAGGAUAUACAUGUAUUAAUAAAGUCAUACUUGCAGAUGAUUGAAAAGAUUGAAUAUGGAGUUCAUCAUGACAAAAGAGGAUGUAUCAUAAUCGGAUCACCUGGCAUUGGAAAAACACACUUUUCCUUAUACUUAGCUUUCUAUAUAAUUCGUCGGUAUUCCCCAGCAGAUAUCAUCUAUGAACAGCUAUUCAAAAGCUAUGACUAUGCUCUUCGUAUCAAACCCAACGCGAGUGCAAUGAGAAUUUCUAAUCUACAACUUGAACAUCCACAUGAUAGCUUUUAUAUUGCUGAUUCUGAUCGAUAUAUCAGAUCUCCUGUGAGAAUUAAAGAUUGA